GCGUGGUUCUCAGCAUUAUAGGUUUUUAGGUCAAACAGAAACCCCAGGGAAUGCCUGAAAAAGCCAAGUCAAUAGUUACCUCUGCCCAGACCGGAUGGUACGGAGCUACUGCUGUUGUGUGUAGCAGAGUCCACACUUGAGUGACAUUCCCUGCCGGAGCACUGGAGGAAGCCAGGAGCGUGUGUGAUCUGGCUGAGAGCUUGGUUCAGAAGUUGCUGAAGUUUAUCUAGAGGGCUCCGUGUGAGGCCUUGGUUCAUCUUUGAAGGCUGAACAGUGGGCCCUGCUGGGUGGCCUUCCUUAUCAUCUUCACCUCCGUGUGCCAUGGACGAGACACAGGAGUCGCUAGCCUUGACUGUGCAUCUUCUUGCUGACACUGGGAACGGCUCGCUUCUGCAGCAGGCGCUGGACCAACUCCUGGAUUGCAUCUGCCCAGAGGUGCGUCUCUUCCUGGUGUCUGAACGGGCCAGACCAGUAGAUUACCAUGAAAAGUACCACCCCCGGAGAGCCCGUUUCCCAGGGAUGUCUGUUUCGCUCUUUCUUCAGGAAAGCCUAGGACAGGAGCGGCUGUUUCGAGUCCUGGACUUCCUACAGCAUUCACCCUGGCAGGGUUUCCCUACCCAGCACGCACAGGGGAGGCCUUGUACCUAUCUCCCUGCCAAUCAGGAAUUCUACAGUCUGCACAACCAGAUGCCAGUGUGGGACAUAAGGCCAGGGCAUUGUGGCACUGAUGUCCUCAGAGUGACUCUGUACUGCAGUUUUGAAAACUACGAGGAUGCCAUCAGGCUGUAUGAGAUGAUCUUGCAGAGAGACGCCACUGUGCAGAAGAGCAACUUCUGUGUCUUUGUUCUCUAUGCCACCCACGGCUUCAGCCUGCAGCUCUCUCUGAAGCAGCUGCCUCUGGGGGUGCCAGUGGAUCCCAAAGAGUCUUCUGUGCUGCAGUUCAAGGUUCAAGAGAUCGGCCAGCUGGUGCCUCUUCUACCCAAUCCGUGUGUUCCCAUCAGCAGCACCAGGUGGCAGACACAGGACUAUGACGGCAACAAGAUUCUGCUGCAGGUCCAACCAAAGCCAGGACUUGGUGUUAGAAAUGCUGAGUGUUCCUUCCUGAGUGGCAGCUCGAGAGGUGACAUGCAUCGACAGUGCUCCAGGCUGAACUCUGACUCCACACCGAGAACCUUAGAGCCGCGCAGCCGGAGGAGCAGGAGCCGGAGGUUCAAAGCACAUUCUCUGGAGCUUCCACAGUCCAGUGGGACAUCUGAACGCCCUAGCGACCCUUUCUGGAGUAGCCCUGGCCGAUCCUCCCUGGCUGAUAGCUCAGACACAGGCAUGCGGCACCGCUUGUCUGUCCCCGUGGAACCUGAGAUGCGUAUGAAUGCCCUUCAGGAAAACAGCUUCCAGAAACUCGAGGCAGAGACAAACGUCGACACUGGCUUCACCGUCAUCAAUUCCAAACCCAGGCAAUCUUUUAUGAGAUUUCCCAGGGAUUUUCAGAGCAGUCAGCCGCCAUGCAGCUUGUCGGGCUCUUCCUUCGAGGUGACCACUUCCUCAAACCAAAGAGUCUUAAAGGAUAGACUCCGUCCGCUGUCACUUCCUGGUCAAAGGGACUUUGGUAUAAAGGAGAGAAUCUCAAAAUGUGCCCACCAUCUUCCUGUCCAGGGCGAAGAGAAAGAAGAAUUCUUCAUUUAGCAUAAAACGAAUGUGUCUCUCUAAGAACAGAUAAGAUAGAAUGUUCUAGAAACGAAGCCUUGUAUUAGUUGCCCCUCUCUCUGAAAUACCUGACCAAAGCAACUUAAGGAAGGGUUUUUUUUUUU